CUCGCCGUCGCUCCCGCCCCGCUCCCCGGAGCUGAUGUCACGCACCCGCUGAAGGCGCGGGCGAUCAUGGCUGCUGCGGCCGCGGCCGUGCCGCCGGCCUCCAGCUAAUGCCCGCGAUGGAGCCGGCCAGCCUGCUGCGGUUCCUGCGGAAGCUCAAGGAGGUUUUCGAUGUGUGCGAUGAGGAUGCGGACGGGUUCAUCCGAGUGGAGCACUUCGUCGCCCUGGGGCUGCAGUUCGGCCAGGGGGAUGAGGUGGAAAAACUGGCAAAGUACUUGGACCCGAAUGAUUUGGGAAGAAUCAAUUUUAAGGACUUCUGUCACGGAGUUUUUGCUAUCAAAGGCUGUGAAGAGUUACUAAAAGAUGUCCUGUCUCCUGAAAACUCUGAGCCCCAGCACUACCAGCCACAAUAUGUUGAUUACUAUUACCAGGGCGGUGAAAUCCAGGACUGUGCCUACCUGGACAGCGAAAGCACCUACAGCGAGUCGGAGCUGUUUCCUGAUGAGGACGCGAUGACUCUGGCACAGCAGGAGGUUCACCAUGAGUCUGACAUGGACAGUGCCAUUGAGAGCGCCCAGAGCUCCGAGGCCUCGGACGUCUGUCGCAGCGAGGACAAGGACGGCGUGCUCGGUGGCCUCUUCCUGCCCGGUGACAAGUCAAGUCCUCACAACCCUUCUGCAGCAUCUGACCUCUCCACUUAUUCCACCGCCUCCCUGAUCAGUAAUGAAGAACAGUUUGAAGACUAUGGGGAAGGAGAUGAUGUGGAUUUUACUCCCAGUAGCCCAUGUCCCGAUGAUGAGACCAGAACCAACGCCUACUCUGACCUUGGCUCAUCUGUAUCUUCCAGUGCUGGCCAAACCCCCCGAAAAAUGAGACAUGUUUAUAACAGCGAGUUACUGGAUGUUUACUGCUCACAGUGCUGCAAAAAGAUAAAUCUCCUCAACGAUUUGGAAGCCAGGCUGAAAAACUUGAAAGCAAACAGCCCUAACAGGAAAAUAUCAAGCACAGCUUUUGGAAGACAACUCUUCCACAACAGUAACUUCAGCAGCAGUAAUGGCAGCACAGAAGACUUGUUCAGAGACAGUAUAGACUCCUGUGAUAAUGAUAUCACUGAAAAGGUAACGUACCUAGAGAAGAAGGUGACAGAACUGGAGAAUGAUAGCCUGACAAAUGGUGACCUGAAGAGCAAACUGAAACAAGAGAACACACAGCUGGUUCACAGAGUUCAUGAGCUAGAGGAAUUACUGAAAGACCAAGAAACUUCAGCAGAACAGACUCUGGAAGAAGAGAUAAAGAGACAUAGAGAAGCUUACAGCAAGUAUGAAAAAGAGAAAGGCACUGAAAUUGAACUGCUAAAUACAAGGGUUCAGCAACUGGAAGAAGAAAAUGGUGAUCUGAAAAGCACUGUCACACGGCUGAAAUCCCAAACAGAGAGAUUGGAUGAGGAGAGGCAGCGCAUGUCGGAUAGACUGGAGGACACAAGUCUGCGACUGAAGGAUGAGAUGGAUUUGUACAAGAGGAUGAUGGACAAGCUGCGGCAGAACAGGCUGGAAUUCAACAAGGAGAGGGAAGCCACACAAGAGCUCAUCGAAGACCUGCGGAAGGAGCUGGAGCACCUGCAGCUCUACAAGCUGGAAUGUGAGCGUCCUGGACGCGGGAGAAGCUCUUCCUCCAGCCUGAGUGAAUUCAAUGCCAAAACCAGAGAGGUGGAAAUGGAGCAUGAAAUAAAACGGCUGAAGCAGGAGAAUCAGAAACUUCGUGACCAAAAUGAUGAUCUUAAUGGACAGAUUCUAAGCCUCAGUCUUUAUGAAGCUAAAAAUCUCUUUGCAACGCAAACAAAAGCCCAGUCACUGGCUGCUGAAAUCGAUUCUGCAUCGAGAGAUGAGCUCAUGGAAGCCCUCAAAGAACAGGAAGAGAUAAAUUACAGAUUGCGACAGUAUAUGGACAAGAUAAUUUUGGCAAUCCUGGACCACAAUCCAUCUAUCUUGGAAAUAAAGAAUUGAAGAGAAUAUGAGAAGGAAAAGCAGCAACUGCCUGAUAUUUCUGCACAUGCCACUGGAUCUGAGCAGCACUCUGAUACUGUAAAUGAAUCUAUAAAUUAUAUAAUACACACUAGGUGUGAGUGUGGGUGCACGGGUGUGUUUAUAUGAUGUUUGGUACACUGUUAUUUGUCAUUGAAUUGGCUUGGUUAGACUUUUUCCAUGCACUUUCAAUACCUGUGAUGAGAUGGAUACUGUAUAUUAAUGUAAUAACGAUAUAACUGGAUCAUGCUGUUUUAGAUACUGGACAAAAUGACUCUACCUCUAGUUGUAAAGGUAAAAAUAGACAAUGGAAACAUAUGGAUGUGGCCCUAACUUUAGGAGCAAGAAUGUUUUUCUUUGUUCUUCCCAGAAUUUGGGUACCACCAGCCAAUUGACAUACCCAGGUUCAGUUCCUGACUGGUGCUGACUGUGUAAUUUCCUAUUUGAUUUAGUUUUAGUACUUAAACCACACAUCAGAUUAAACAAAAACCAAACAAAAACACAACAAAAACCCACAAAAUUUGGGAGAAGACACAAAGUAAAUGGGAAGGAAAGGAAGAUACUGCAGAAUUUUUGCUGCUUAUGAAAAAUCACCAUCCAUUUGUUUGCCACUGUCAACACAAAGUGUUUUUCAUUUAAGAUCACUUUGGAGCCUGCUUUCAGAUGCUCUGAGCCUGCUCUCUAUCUAGUGUGUGUGCAUGUGUGUUUUUUUAUGCCAGGGUUCCUGUAGCAUUGAGGCAAAGAGGUUUCAAAUCUGUUCCCCUAUUUUCAGGGGUAUAUUAUGGGCCAUUAAGAUGAAUUCUGGGAUUCUUCCCCUUCCCCUCACCCUGAUUUUAAAGAUUUCACUGAAGGAACACAUUCCAGUUCUUAAAAAAAAAAAGAAAAAAAAAAGAAACAGAACAAAAAAUAUUUGCAUGAAACAUCUCACCUUAGGGGGAGGAGGGGACCAGCCCUCGACGUGACGUGCUGAGUUGCUUUCCCACCCCAGACAGCUGCACUCCUUUGAGAAUGGCAUUUUCUGGGUAGGCUGUGCAGGGGAACAGCUGGUUCCUGGCACAGUGAUACAGAGUGGCUUCUACCUAAGGGGCAGGAAAAAGAAAAAGAGCUUCAUCUUGCAGGAGUUGCCAGUCCAGACUGAGCACACACGUGCAUAUCCAAAGCUCUGAGUAGGGAGCACAUCCCAGUUUAGAUGAGCAGUUGUGCAGGUGCUUAACUUUAAGCGUGUGCUGCAUCUGCUCAUGGAUGUCAGUGGGACAGAACAUUAAGCUUUAAAGCUGAGCCUAUGCUUAAAUGCUGCCUUAAAUAGGGGUGACUUCAACAUGUGCCUGUGUUCUCCAGAGCUGGAUCUAUACUGUAGGGCUAGGAUGUUUUUAAUUAAUAAUGUAGCUUAUAUAAGGAGCUUAUGGAAUUGUUUGGAUAGUUGAAUGCUAAAAGCAAAUUUUAUUCCAUGCACUUUUUUUAAACGUAAAAAUUUCACACUUUUGAUUCACACCAACUGGCACAGAAAACUCAGCCGGAGUAUCUGGCUUUCCCCAGUGCAUAGAGAUGUUUCCUCUAUUGAAUACACUUCCCAGAAGAAUGUUACAGUAGCAAUGACUGUGCUUUUCUGUGUAUUUCUUGCUGUUGGCAGUGUCUUGCCCCUAGUAUUCUCUUGAUGUAUCUCGGUAUGUAUAUGUGAUGCAUUUUUCCUGAAUUUGAAUACAUAAAACUGUAUUCAUUUAGGGAUGUAAAUAUAUAUUUUUGUUCUGCAA